CUGUAAGGAAAUCUGUCUCCAGCAUCUCGGAGCUCUCGGAUAUUUUCUCUAUAAUAAGAUUCUUUGGAACAUUUUUGGCCAUUUUGAGAAUAAGCAAACCUGUAAAAGCUGAUGCUCUGCACUUAACCAGCGUAUAAACUAUUGUCUGUUUAAUCAGGACAGCAGCAGUUUUCAGCUGUAUUAACAGAAUAAUUUUUUUCAUUUUGGUUCAGUAUUGAAUAUUAUUGUUUUAUGUGUACUUUUAAUAUUCAACUACCUGUUAGUUUAUCAUUGCUUUACGUGCUGAUAAUGUUCAAAACUCCACCCAGCUUCCCUCCCACUAUUUUCAGUAUAUCAUUCAUUGUCCUCUGCAUCCCUCUCAGUGCUGCUCCAGCUCCCUUCAGAAUCACAACAGCAGUAAACAUGUCGACCAAGGUUGCAGUGGUUACUGGCAGUAACAAAGGCAUCGGUCUGGCCAUCGUCCAAGCGCUCUGCAAGCAGUUCGAUGGAGACGUUUACAUCACCUCCAGAGAUGUAGGUCGGGGUGAGGAAGCAGUGAAGACUCUGAACUCAGAGGGACUCAAACCCAAGUUCCACCAGCUGGACAUCAAUGACUUGAACAGCAUUAAAAACGCUGCUGCCUACUUUAAAGGGAAGUAUGGAGGAGUGGACAUUCUCAUCAACAAUGCUGGAACAGCAUUCAAAGCGUCAGAUCCAACUCCCUUUGAUGUCCAGGCAGAGGUGAUCCUGACGACAAACUUUUUCGGAACUAGAGGCAUGUCGACACAUUUCCUGCCAAUGAUCAGAGCUGGAGGUCGUGUGGUGAAUAUCUCCAGCAUGCUUAGUGUCACAGGUUUAAAGCAAUGCAGCCCAGAACUCCAGCAGCAUUUCCGCAGCGAGGACAUCACAGAGGACGAGCUGGUGGCACUGAUGAGAAAAUUCCUUGAUGAUGCCAAGAAAGGCGAACACAAGCAGCAUGGUUGGCCUGAUAUGGCAUAUUCGGUGUCUAAGAUUGGAGUGACGGUGCUGUCCAUGAUUCAUGCUCGUCGUCUGUCUAAGGAGAGACCAAAUGACAGGAUCCUCUUGAAUGCCUGCUGUCCAGGAUGGGUGCGCACUGACCUCACUUCACCAGAUGCUCCCAAGUCACCAGACGAGGGCGCCAUCACUCCUGUCUACCUGGCCCUGUUGCCUCCAGGAGCCAAAGAGCCUCAGGGAAAGUUUCUCUCCGACAAGGAAGUCCAGCCGUGGUGAAAGAGAGUUUAGUGUGUGAUUCCACAUGAAGAAUUAUUUGCAAGAGAUUUAAGAUUUAAGAAAAGUGAUGUUCCAGGCAUCAAAUACACACACCAUAGCAUACCAUAAAAUAAUCUGUGUUAAAGUGACAGUGUUCAUGAUGACUACUCAAUUUGUGGCCUGUUUCUAAAACUGGAUUCCUUCCUUUUUGAUGUACAACUCAAACUUGCAUUAACUGAAAUCAAAUAAAGUGCUUUUAAUUAAGACUCAUUUUGUGUCAAAACAAUUCAACAACUUCAAAGUAAGGUUAUUAAAAGCACACAAUAGCAAUAAAUCUACAUUGUAAAUGUAUUUUUCUAAUAUAAAAUCAUCCAUAC